UUUCUCUCUCUACGCUGCCCCUCUUUUUCGCUCCUCUCUCUCUCUCUCUCUCUCUCUCUCCGCGAUCGCGCGCGAGCGCGAACAAAACCCUCGUCUCAACGCGCCCAAAUCGAACGAUCCCGCGUCGAAUUAACCCUAGAACCCGAUUUCGCCGUCGACUUCGCCGUAUUCGAUUGCUCUCCCCUUCGAUCGGCGCGUAUCCCUUCUAGAUAAUAUACUUGGAGGUGAAAAGUAGCUUCUAUUGUUGCAAAUUAGUACUCAAAUUUGUUGUUCAGGAGCAGUGGGUGUAUGAAUAUUUUAAUUCGCCUUAUGAGAGAGAUUUCGACAUGGCUACCCACGCAUUAGUCCCGCAAGAACAGGGCCUUGCUAUCUCGGACCACUCCCUAGUUAUCGGCCAAGAGUUCCCUGAUGUGGAGACGUGCCGGCGGGCCCUUAAGGACAUGGCGAUUGCCUUACAUUUUGAACUUCGAAUUGUGAAGUCCGACCGCAGCCGGUUCAUUGCCAGGUGCUCCAAGGAAGGCUGCCCAUGGCGGAUCCACGUGGCGAAGUGCCCCGGCGUCCCCACCUUCUCUAUCCGGACGUUGCACGGCGAGCACACCUGCGAGGGGGUCCACAAUCUCCAUCACCAGCAGGCCACCGUGGGAUGGGUCGCCCGGUCCGUGGAGGCGCGGCUACGAGACAAUCCCCAGUACAAGCCGAAGGAGAUACUGCAAGAUAUCCGUGAGGAGCACGGGGUCGCCGUUUCGUAUAUGCAAGCGUGGCGCGGGAAGGAGCGGAGUAUGGCGGUGGUACACGGCACUCUUGAAGAUGGGUACCGCCUACUUCCUGCUUAUUGCGAGCAAAUCAGGAAAACAAAUAUCGGAAGUAUUGCUUUAGUUUACCCCACGGGUCCUGAGAACUGCUUCCACCGCCUGUUUAUUUCCUAUUAUGCGUCGAUCUAUGGUUUUUUGCAUGCUUGUAGGCCGCUGCUGGAACUUGAUAGGGCACAGCUUAAGGGGAAGUAUCUUGGCACUUUGCUUUGUGCCUCGGCUGUCGAUGCCGAUCACACCCUGUUCCCACUAGCAUUUGCCAUCGUUGAUGUGGAGAGUGACGAGAAUUGGAUGUGGUUUCUGUCGGAAUUGCGGAAGCUUCUUGGAGUUAAUACGGACAAGAUGCCCAUAUUGACAAUCUUGUCGGAGAGGCAUAAAGGGGUUGUCGAAGCAGUUGAGACGCAUUUUCCUACUGCUUAUCAUGGGUUCUGCUUGCGAUACGUGAGUGAGAGCUUCCGUGACGAGUUUAAAAAUUCUAAGCUAGUCAACCUCUUUUGGAACGCUGUUUAUGCUCUGACGCCGGCUGAAUUUGAUGCAAAGGUAAGUGAGAUGAUGGAAGUUCAAGAUGUCAUGCCAUGGUUUCAUCUCUUUCCCCCAAACCUUUGGGCAAUCGCAUAUUUUGAGGGGGUGCGGUAUGGCCAUUUCAGUCUGGGUAUCACGGAGUUAUUGUAUAACUGGGCCCUUGAAUGCCAUGAGCUCCCUAUAAUGCAGAUGAUGGAACAUAUAAGGUACCAGCUAACAUGUUGGUUCACUGAUCGUCAUAAUAUGGGGAUGUCAUGGACCUCGAUUCUUGUCCCUUCUGCUGAGAAGCUCAUUUCCGAGGCUAUUGCUGAUUCACGUUGCUAUCAAGUUCUUCGGGCAAAUAAGGUGGAGUUUGAGAUUGUAUCAUCUGAGCGGACAAAUAUUGUUGAUAUACAAACGCGGUGUUGCUCGUGUCGCCGGUGGCAAAUAUAUGGUAUUCCAUGUGCGCAUGCUGCUGCUGCACUCCUGUCUUGCGGUGAGGACGUCCGUCUAUAUGCCCAAGAGUGUUUUAGCAUUAGGAAGUAUAGGGAGGCCUAUUCACAAGUGAUAUAUCCGAUUCCUGAUAGAAGUCUUUGGAAGGAUUCAACAGCUGGAAUGGAAGGUGGAGGUGGCAAAGCGGAUAUAAUCAUACGCCCGCCUAAGACUCGAAGGCCACCUGGCCGCCCCAAAAAGAAGGUUCUUCGGUUAGAGAGUUUAAAACGGCCAAAGAAAGUUGUCCAAUGUGGCCGCUGUCAUCUGUUAGGACAUUCUCAAAAGAAAUGCACAUUACGGAUCUGAAACUUUUUUAAUCAUGUUCAUUACUAAAUCUCUUUCUGUGUGUGCUAAAAAAGUUCAAGCAUGUUGUAAAAGUGUUUCUACAUUCUCUUCUCCAUUUGGUUGAGACUGUAUACAUGUCCAUUUUAUGUAUGCACAUGUACUGUAGCAGCAUUUUCACUUGGAAGAAAUGGACCACUAACCUAAUUCCUUACAUGCUUCUGUUUUAUUGCA